AACGAUGAACAAUGUUUGUCAAGCAACUCCUUCUCCUGACGGAGUUAGUUAACGUUCAAGUUUAGGUCCUAGAGGGAGUCCUUGGCCUUCGCCAACGCGUCGGUACACUCACGGCAGCUUCGAAUGGUCUCCUCCAACAACCUUUCAAGACGAGACAAACGAUCUCACCACAAGGCCCGUUCCACCUGCAGCACCCUAAGCUCGAACUGGCUACGAGCGGCGUCCCUCCUCGACCAGUUGAGAUCGCUCUUGAGGUUGGAUACUUCCUCGCAUAGACUAUCAACAUCUUCCACUAAGGAGUGAUACGAAGAGGUGUGAUAGUAGAUAUGUCUGUUCCAUUGACACCUUCUAAAAGACCACAUAACCGGAACCUUACAGAGUCGAAUGGAAAAGGAAAGUGGCAGAAGGUACAGAAUCAACCCGUGAAAUCCUCUCUUGGAAGUGCUGUCUUCCGUUUGUUAUGUCCUGCUUUCAAAACCGGUGGCGUUAUUGGAAAGGGGGGCACCAUCAUAUCUGAAAUUCGACAACAAACUGGGGCAAAGGUCAGAGUUGAGGAUACCGUACCUGGUUGUGACGGGAGGGUAGUUUUUAUCUCAGGUUCUGAUAAAGAGACUGAGGUGGCUACCGACCUGAGCCAGGAGGAUGGUAGUGAAGAGACAAACAAGGAUAAAGAGAAAAAUGAUGAAAUGGAACAGAGUCAGAACAAUGAAGAUAAAGAGUCUGAUACUGUGGGAGAUUCUAAAUCUGAUAAGGGAACUUCAUCUGUGCAAAAGGCCCUUUUACUUGUUUUUGAGAGAAUAAUAGAAGGAGAAGCAGAGGCAGGUGGAGGGGAGGAAGACACUCAAGACAGCAGUAAGUCUUCAAUUGUUUUGAGGUUACUCGUGUUUUCCAGUCAAGUAGGCUGCCUUUUGGGAAAGGGUGGCAGUGUAAUCAAGCAUAUGUCAUCUGAAAGCGGGGCACAAAUACGGAUCCUUCCCAGAGACAAACUUCCUCUGUGUGCAUCAGUUACUGAUGAAUUAGUUCAGAACGGACAUGCUAGGCCUUUAAGCUCCAGUGGUGAUUUACUGUAAUAUAUAUCUUCUUGAAGCCCUAGUUUUGCCUAAAUUUUGACAAACUCAAAUUAAUAGUGGAGAGCUGACAAUCUUUUUCAGAAAAUCUUCUGGCCUUUGGGAGGUUAAGCAGUAAUAUAAAUCCAAUAUGUAAUACUAUCUGUCCUUUUAAAUCCUUGGUUAUUUUUUGCUGCCUGCAGGCGCUUUCUGGCUGUAUCAGAAGAGUUUGUAGCUUUAUUUGCAUUUGUCUGCUUAAAAAGCAUAUCCAACUUUAUCAGUACCAAAAAUAACAGCUAUGAUUUCCAGAUUACAGAUAUUCUUAUAUUGAAAAUACUUAGCCACAAAGGAAUUAUACAAUAGUAAACCUACAAAUUGACGUGGUUUGAUAUGGUACGUUAGCUUGUAAAGUUACUUUUAGGAUGUGUUUGGAUAGUGAGGUGAUAUCUGAUGAUCUUUGAAUAGUAGUGAAAAAGUAAUAAUAAAAUAUUGAAUAGCAGUGAAUAAUAGUAAAAAGUAAGUGAAAAAUAAUGAAAAGAUAAUGAAUAGCAGAUCACUCUACUACCCACGGUCCCACACCCUUAUUAUUAAGUAGAUCUAAUGGAUCCUAUAAAGCCACUUCAGUUUGUGGGUUUACUUUUAUGUAAUCUCUGUGUCAAUAGUAAUUCUCUUCUUAUAAUUGGGAAGGGGACAUAUCUCAUGGAUUGUUCUUACCAGAUCUAUAUGGUAAACCAAAAGGUGGGACAGCCUUGAAAUAAAAACUGAAAAUCACAUUCUUUAAGACGUAGUUGUCAACUCUGUAGAUUUGUUCUAAUUGUUCAGUCAUCCCUUUAUCUGAGUGGCAAACCAUCAUUGGCACCUUGAAUCUUCAUUACUUUUUUGUCUAAUUUCUAAAUACUGCUUAGUGAAUUUGGAGGACUUCUAGAAAUCCAAGUUUAACAGUAGCAGUCAUGGAUACUGCCUUGGUUUUCGGAAAUAAGUCCACAUUUGGGGUUUAUUUCUAGGCAAUUUUGUCUUGUUUGAAUGAAAUUGAUGCAUGAGAUCUUAUGUCCCAUGUAUUUUCUAAACUCACUGCCGAUAAGUGGGGAAGCUGAUGCAGUUAGGAAAGCUCUCCAAUCUGUUUCUCAGCAGCUUUUGGAGAAUCCGCCUAAGGAUCACGACCCUUCCCCUGUCAGCUCUUCAGGGCCUCCAGCACAUUCAUUUGGCCAUCCACCUCCAAGGCCUGACGUACAUCCACCACCUAACCGAUCUUUUGCUUCUGGACCACGUGAUGUUUCUGACUAUCAUUCUGCUGUUCCCCCCCUGUUUGCUAAAUAUCAUGAAAGUGGCAUCUCUGGUCGAACGAAGCCUUCACAGGAUAUGCUAACCUUCCGAUUAAUGUGCCAUAAUGAAAGAGUAGGAGGUGUGAUUGGCAAGGAAGAGUUUUAAUGGAAAUAUUUUGGGCCAAAUGUGACUUUUGGCGUAAGUUGGAAAAUGAAUUAUUUUUGGGCCAAAUGUGACUUUUGGCGUGAGUUAGAAAAUGAAUUA